GGUGUGAUGUGGUGACAAUGCGUAUAAGUGGGUGUUAAGGAUUGUCGGUAUGGUGUUGGAAGGUGGUCUGCCGGCGCCGCUGCAGCUGUACGCGGCCGCGGCGGCGGGUUUGGCGCCCAGGCCCACUUGGCCCCCGUUUCUGCCGUUCUUUGGAGUCCCGCCGCCGUUCCUGGCAAGGCCCCGGCUGCCGCACCCGCUGCCGGCAAGGGCCCCGCACGGCCCGCCGAGCGAGGAUUCAAAUGAAGAUGGAGGAAGCAGUAAGGGUGGUGUCGGUGAUGACGACGGUGACAGCGGCAAGCGAAGACGUUCCAGGACAAACUUCAACUCCUGGCAACUGGAAGAGCUGGAGAGAGCAUUCCUCGCGUCACACUAUCCAGAUGUCUUCAUGAGGGAGGCUCUGGCGAUGCGCCUGGACCUGAAAGAGAGUAGAGUCGCGGUCUGGUUUCAAAACCGUCGCGCAAAAUGGCGCAAGAAAGAGCACACGAAGAAGGGACCCGGGCGACCCGCGCACAACGCGCACCCACAGUCGUGUUCCGGGGAGCCCAUACCGCCUCAUGAGCUGAGAGCCCGCGAGAGGGCGAGAAGAAGAAAGAAGCUGGCAAAAGCGCUAGAGAGGCAAGCGAGGAAGCUGCGGGCGAAGGGGAUAGCUGUUGACCUCGAGGCCCUGAAAGCGGAGUACUUGGCGCAGCAUAGGAACAGCGGUCUCUACUCGGAUUCAGACGGGGAAGUCGAAGGCGAGGAGUGUAUGAUUGAUGUGGUAGGUGGAGACUCUUGUCACGACUCUGGUCCCGAAGACUUCUCGCUAGCUGGUCGGCUCCGUGCGCCAUCUAGCGGCGAUGCUAUCAACAACUCUGACAGCUCGACGUCAGACGCGCACUCCGGCAGGAACUUCAGCCCGCUCCCCGACCCACAGCCAUCCUUCUUCAAGCAAUUCACCGCUGCUGCAGCGAACUUCGACAAAUUUGACUUCGAUUCAGGGAGAGCGGUGUCUUUAGACCUAAGCGGAACAUCGUCAGAGCAGGAUCUGUCCAAAAAUGGGGGAACAAGAAAACACAAUCCGUUCAGUAUAGAGUCUUUGCUUAAUACGUGAAAAUAACUGUAGAUGCUUUGUACUGUGUGUGUUUUGUUUCCCUGUUUACAGACGGUUUUGUGCAUUAUACAAACACUUCUCAUUAAUCAAAUAAGACAAGCAGACAAUUACUAUAGAAUAUAUUAAAAUAGACUAAAUGACAAAUGAGAUUUAUAGAUCGGAAUUAAAUGAAUGUUCUCAGCUUAAAAUAUUCAUAAACAUAAUAAUAUUAUGUUAUGACUAUCUGUGAAUAUUAAGCAUUCAAAAUCGUUGAAAAUGUUUUGAAGAAUGUGUUUGUAUAUUGGAAGAAUAACAAUAGACUUUUGUUAUAAGACUUGAUAGGCACCACUUAACAUAUCUCCUGUGAAUAUAAUCAUAAGUUGUAUUAUAUAGAGUUAAUGUAAAUAGACUAUAUUUAUUAUAAAGUUAACUUAUGGGGCAAUAAGAGAUAUUUGUUAUCUUUUUAUUUAUAAUUUCAGAUUUUAUUGUUGAUCUUAACCAAAUUGUUUUAUCAUAUUUAUUUAAUUUGAAAAUGUGCAACGAAAAAUAACGCAAUACAUUUAUUAU